AUGCCUCUCACGGAGCGGGAUCCGAACAUCAGCGGCCGAAACAGUCGCGCGUCCAACCUGUCUGCGAGUUCCAGAGGCUAUCAGAAGGUCAACAUUGCCAGAUCCGACCUCUUGUCUGCUGCUCCCGGCGUUAUGAGCAUGCUCAGAACUUCAACAGAACUCGGAGACAUCGGGACUCUAACGUUCGAUUCAUCUCACCUGCCAUCGAUGCCUAGGCAACAACGACGGAGUGGAGCAACCUCACGCAUGUCAACGGGUUCUUCCCACUCACGAGGGUCAAAACGAACUCCGAGUCACAAUGCCUGGCCCUCUGGGUCCUCGAACCCUCGGGGCUCCUUGACCACGGACACCAACAUCCCACAGUUCCUACCUGACACCCUGUCGCCAACUUUGAUGAACAUUCCGGGUGUCUCACCUCUCGUCCCCCAUUCUAGACUAUCUAGAGAUGGACGAUCGUUCUCUUUGACACACGCCUCUAAGCCUUCUUACGCAUUGUCAAGUCAUCGAUCAUACACAAGUUUGAGGAACCAUGACUCUGCUCUCCGACCUCGAUCACCGUACAGAUACCCGACCCGGCUUCGACAACCUGCCUAUCGUCCAGGCUCACCUGCGCUGAGCGACGUAACCGGCAUUCAUCCAAGGCGAGUACAUGGCCAUCCAUAUGCACCACGAAAACGGAACCCAUCAAUUCAGUCGAAUCGCUCUGAUGAUCGAAAUCGCGUGCCGCAUUAUCGAGCACGAAGCAGGUCGAAUGCUUCAUCCUCAGGGAACGCUCCGCUCUUCAUCGAGCAAGUUCGUCGGGUCCGGACUCCCGCUUUAGGAUCGAACUCCAGCCGGUCAACAAAUCAACACACUGACUCAGAAGCACCCUCUUCGGACUCCCCAUCAUCCUUUCCGCCCACGCCCAAGGAUGGUUCGUCCAUGGAGGUUCUACUCAGCCCUACUAACACUUCAGUCCUAGUCAAUCAACUCCAAGAGUCGGUGAAAGCAGAAAUCUCUCGGGCGCCUCUGUACUACGACUAUAGUGAGCAGUUCGACCGAGAUGCGCUGUGCGAGCCAGAACCCGAAGCCAUUCCAAUGGGCUUCGUCCAUCGAAUCAAGACAAUCUUGGAGGAACGAGGGGCAAAUGAUACCACAAAUACGCAGUCGAAUGUGGAUGCCCAGAAAGUCAAACAAUCUGUGGAGCCACCAGAAAUCGGCUUGGUUGAGCUUCCUGCAUCUCCCGUUGCAAAACGAAUCACCAGGCAUAAGGUUCUUGCGGCACUUGAGCCUGGAUCUACGACGGAUGACAUGACCACGCUGCCAGCUGUGGCCAAGCCUCUCGAUAUACCAUCCAUCCACGAUGUGGAGGAACCGGACGAGUCCUGCACGGUGACUGUCGAUCCGCCAAUCUCGUUUCUCCCCGAUCAAGAGAAGAGUCAGAGUGUGAUGUCUAAGUCUACUUCAAAGAAUUCCGAAGCUAGCGCUCCAAACUCUACCAUCGACUUCGCUAUCCUGUACUCUAAGAUGGGUGAGGAUCAGGAGCUAACACAGCAAGGCAAUGCUGAGAGCAACCCGGAAGACAACUUAGAGGAUCAUGCUGACAAGCGCCCGUCUGUCAAAAACCGCCACUCUUCCAAGUUCUCCGAUGCCAAAUCUUUCAAGUCAUGCAAAGAGUCCGACCCAAAACCCAGCAAGGACUCAGACGGCAAGUCUUUCAAGACGGCAAAAGACAAUAUCACUCCUGACAGGGGAACGUCCUCGGUGCCAGUAAUGGGCGCCAAGCCCUUCGAGAAAGCAACUUCAAGAUUAAGCUCGAGGCCGAGCUCCACCACGGUCUUCACUACCCCUUCGGUGGACAACGUUCCUCAGCUUCCUUCUGUCAUUCCGUUACGCGAAUCAAGCUCCUCCAAGGAAGCUCAACGAAGCCAGGCUGUUGCAGAUUUCCUCAUGCGUCUCUCGAGACCAAGGAUGUUUAUUCGGCACUCUGCAAAGGUAGAUUCUGUUGAAAAGAAGGACAGCAAAAUGGAUGGCUCCGAGAAGGACCAAGCCUCCGAGAAGAGAGCUUCCAGGGUGGUGUCCCUAGUUGAGGAAGAAGCACCCGAGUCUCGUCGAUCUGUAAAAAUAGAUUCGAUUACCAAGGAAGAGUUGCUACAGAAGAAGUCAACUGGAGUGGGACCGACUCUGCGAAAUCCAUCGUCGGAGAUCAGACACUCCCGAUCCCAUUCUCUAUCUCAGGACCUUGUUAUGGAGAGGAGAGUUAGCAGAGCGGAAUCCUUUCACAACGUACAUACCCACCUCAAGAAGUCUACUGGAGGACAGUCUAUGCUUUCGAUCGAUAGUCUCAAGAAGCACCAUUCCAGACUGAAGUCACUAGCCAAGGGGGAAAUGGCCCAUUGCGAGUCCGUUGAUGAAGAGCAGGCAGCAAGCCUCAAAACGCAAAUCCAGGAGCCGGACAACAUACCAGCCCCCAACAUUUCUGCUCGCGAGCGCCACACGCCUUUUGAUAGCCCUUCGGUCUAUGUUACCGACCCUCCAACACCAACAUUUUCCGAGGGCCCACAACAGCACUCGGCGAGAUAUCCGACUUCUAACGACAACUCCUACCGGGACAGCAACACGACAACCCACUUAGUCUGGAAUGCCCGCAAGACCCAAUUCCCUAUUCCAAUUGAGGCCCUUCAUGCAAGUGCGGGUCAUCGGCGCAGUGAAGACGAUUCCACCACCGACCUAAGGCUAUCCGCGUUCCGGUACCCAGCCGCUUAUCUUCCUGAUGUCAAGGAAGACCUUCAUGAAGACUCGAGUGUCAAUACCAGCGCCAGUAACAUGAAAUCCUCCGCUCUCAAAUACCCACUUGGCCGCCGUCCUAGUAUGAGAGCGUCAAUGGAUGAGUGCCGUGUCCUGAAGCAUCCGUCGAUCAACUCGUUCCACAAAGGAGGCCUGGCUCGGACUCGCAAUCUCCCUUCCUUAAACUUCAGUCAGAUGGAUUUGUUCGCGAAACUGAAUGAGGCUCUCGACGUAGGUGCCGGUGCGUCUAAAUCGAUGGACUAUGCAGAGGAGUAUCGUGAGCUAUUCAUCUCUCCUCUUGGAGAGUCGCAUUGCUCUGGCGAAAUUCGAGAGAAGUACAAAAGUUUGUUCGGAGGCCUGGACGAAUACAUGAAGUCUGAAGACAUCCAGCCCGACACACCUAUUUUCGACUUCGUGGUCUCCCAGCAAUCCAAUCUGGUUUUCGAGAGUUCGCAUCAGCAGCUCUCAAAUGAAGAAUUCAUUGCUGAGAUUGACAACCUGACGAUUCCUACCCUCGGUGGACUCACGCAACGUUUGUCGGAAUUCUUGCCAUCCCUCAAGCGCUACUAUCAAGGAGAUGACCAAGGGCCCCAUAGUGAAAAUCCCGUCAUCGAGCAUGCAUUGGAGGAGUUGAACGAAGUCGGCCUCGAUGUCCCGCCACUCAACACUGUACGCUCAUCGGCAAGGCUUCGUCCAGUGCCCGGACACCAGCAACUGCUCGUCAUGGAAGACGGCCUAUACGAGAAGCUAGCAGCCAAAGAAGCACCGAAAGAACAUCUUGUGGAAGCCGACGAACAAGCUGGAAGUAGCAGCGGGUCUAUUCACUCCAAGACAUCUAGUCACCGCAAAUCGAAGACUCCUUUGGCCGAACUCGAGGCACCAAUGCCUGUUUUGCUUCGAACACGCUCGCUUUCAUUGGGUGGCUUCGAUGAUUUUAGGGCGUCUUUCGAGUCGACGCUUAGACGUCGCUCGCUCCGCUCACUUGUCAGCUCUCCGACCGAAACACGUCCUUGGAACCUCGACAAGAACUACCCCUGGGCAGACACGAUUGCUCCCAUUGAUAUCAGUUUGCCAUCUCCUACCCCAGCCCGAGAAGCUGCCCGUCCAGGACCUUCAAGACUUAGACGCAUGUCAGAGUGUUCUGAUCAGACUCACUCCGACUCUGAAACAGAAGAAGCGCCCGCAAUAUCAGCCGUCGAAGAUACGACCUGCGAAGACCCGUUCCGCCACGCACGUAAGUUUAGCAAGCAGAGCGUCGGAGGCUCUAUUUCUCGCCGCAUGGGACUCUUUGACAACAAUGGCUACCCAACGGGCCCAGACAGUCUGCGAAACGAUGACCGCAGCGUCGAUCCUGGUGACCGCUACCCGACCACCGGCCUCACGCCCCCGUCCGCAUUCAAUGUCGAUGAAGUCAACAGCUUCUUCUCAGACGACAGCUCCCAUCGCAAUCACCUUGGCAUCUUCCGCAAGCGCCUGACGCACCUCAGAAGCAAGAAGCCUUUAGCUACGCGCUCACACUCGGCUAUCGGAACUCGCAGCUUGCCUGACGCAGAUGUAGGACCCAGUGGCUCACACAGUGGGUCGGACAGUGAAGAGAGCUCACUGCACACAUUUGACGGUACCGUAGGCAUGUCAAAAAUCGAGUUCCGCGCGAGAAAGGUGGUUGAGAGGAUCAAGACCAUGUGGUUCAAGAGUGGAGACCUGCUCCGGAGUCUGAGCAUCAGGAGCAACUCGACAUCGAUGAUCGACCGGAGCGACUAUAUGCAGCCUAGCGAGGUCUAUCCUGGCACUUAAGUUCAUGAAGGCGACGAUGAGGAUUGAAACCAUUCGAUUCGACUUUACUACAACUGAGGUAUGCGGCCUGGACGGCGAGAGCGCGCCACUACACCGACAUCGAAUAUGCCGAAGAGAUAUGCUUGGUGGCAUGAGAUGGUUCUUCUUGUCUGUUUAGCUGUCAGCAGCGUUUAUGCGUCGGCUUCCCCCUUCCUGCUUUUCUUUCCACUUUCUGUUCUUCAUCAAUGUUCCUCUGGGAAUCCAUUCGCCUUUCGAGAAGCAUCGCAGUAUACCGCUUUAUUAUCUGGCUUAAAGCCUACUACUUCUACCAUACCGCAACAUCCUCUUCCCAUGUAUCCUGGCUCCGCCUUACACAGCAUGUAUAUUUAGCUUAGCAGGUGGAAUCAAUACUUGGCAGUAGAUAGAGACUGCAGCUGUAAAUCAAGAAUCAGUAUACUUUCAACAAGCUGUCUCGAAAUCGCCUACACCGACGCCUCGUCCCCACGCUCA